AUGGCCAAGUACGCGAAAGACCAGCCCGCCGGCUUCAAGAACUCCAUCGAGCGAGUCGCCAUUGUCGGAGCCGGAGGUACUGUCGGAUUGAACAUCGUCACCGAACUCCUCAAAACCGGCAAACACACUGUCACAGCCCUUACUCGGGCAGACAGCACCAACAAAAUUCCCGAAGGCGUCCAAAUUGCCCACAUUAACUACGAUGACGAGGCCACCAUCAUUUCUGCCCUGAAGGGUCAGCAAUUCCUCAUCAUCACCAUGGCUCCAACAGCUCCCCGGGACACUCACAGCAAGAUCGUCCAAGCAGCCGCCAAGGCCGGUAUCCCCUACGUCAUGCCAAACGGGUAUGGCGGAGACAUCGAAAAGGUUAAGUUGGGCGAGGAGACGUUCCUAGGCCCUGUCAAUCGAGCCCACCGGGACGAAAUUGCCCGGCUCGGUAUGCAGUGGAUCACAGUGUGCUGUGGAUUCUGGUACGACUAUAGCCUGGCUGGCGGCGAGUCACGCUUCGGAUUCGACUUCGACAAGCGGUCUUUGACCAUCUAUGAUGAUGGCACCACGAAGAACUCGACGUCCACGUUGUCGCAGAUUGGACGGGCUGUGGCGAAGGUGCUCAGUCUGAAGGAGCUUCCCGAGGAUGAAAGUGAUAAGAGUCUUACUCUAUCGUCGUUCUUGAACAAGGGAAUUUAUUUUCAAAGCUUCCUUGUGAACCAGAAGGAGAUGUUUGAGAGCGUGAAGCGUGUUACUGGUACUACGGACGCCGACUGGACGAUUACUCAUGAGAGUACUAAGAAGCGGUAUGAGGAAGGGUUAGCACUGGUCAAGGGUGGUAACAUGGCUGGCUUUGCUAAGAUGCUGUACGCAAGAGGGUUUUACCCGGAGGAUACAAGCGAUCACGCGUCUAAGGCGCAGAACGAGCUACUUGGGUUGCCAGAGGAGAGCUUGGAUGAGGGCACAAAGGCUGCCAUUGAUUUGGUCAAGAAGCUGCAGGCUCGCCCUGAGCGUAUGGCGUCCUAG